AUGUCCGAAUACCUCCUCGCCAUCAACUGCGGCUCCUCCUCCAUCAAGGGAAAGCUCUUCCAGGUCCCCCAGUUCGACCUCCUCGCACACCUCGCAGUCUCAAACAUCAGCUCUGCCGAUGAAAAGGUCAAGAUCAACAUCGACUGGGAAGAGGGCAAGGGCAAGAGCUCAGAGGAAGAGGGCGAGUAUGGCGAUAGAGUCCAUUACGCAUCCCUCGUUCCCACACUACUCGACCAUCUCACAGAUACAUCCAACGAAAGCCACCUCAAGAAGGAGACUAUCAAAUAUGUCUGUCACCGGGUUGUCCAUGGGGGAACCCAUGAGAAGGGUAUCCGCGUAUCCAAGGGACACGAGGACGGUCUGAAGGAUAUGGAUACACUAUCCGAAUUUGCCCCUCUACACAACCACAGAGCAGUUCUGGCAGUCAAGUCUUGCUUGGACGCUUUGCCUGACCACACUUCUCUGCUCCUCUUCGACACCAUCUUCCAUCAAACUAUUCCCGAAGAGGCCUACACAUAUGCCCUUCCUCCGCCCGACAAACCUUUGGGUAUGCCCCUCCGUAAAUACGGAUUCCACGGCUUGUCGUACGCUUCCAUCGUCAACUCCCUCUCCAAGCACCUCAAUAAGCCAGAAGACAAGGUCAACAUUGUCGUCGCGCAUCUCGGAAGUGGCGCUUCGGCAUGUUGUAUCAAGGACGGCAAAUCUAUCGACACAAGUAUGGGUUUGACUCCGCUAGAAGGUCUUAUUGGAGGUACCCGCUCUGGUACCAUCGACCCCACUGCCAUCUUCCACCACACUUCCGAUGCCGGCGCCGCAGCUAACGUCGGAGACUAUCAAGUCUCACGAGCCGAAGUCGUUCUCAACAAGAAAUCCGGUCUGCAGGCUUUGGCAGGUACAACAAACUUUGGCCACAUCAUUCAGAACCUCGAUCCCUCAUCUGCCUCUUCCGAAGAGGACCACAAGAAGGCUAUAUUAGCUUACGGCGUCUACCUCGACCGUCUCCUCAACUACGUCUCCCAGUACCUCUUCAAGCUCCUCUCCACCACGCCCUUGGAAGAGAUCGACGGUAUCGUCUUUUCCGGCGGUAUCGGCGAGAAAGGCGCAAAGUUGAGGGAAGAUGUUUUGAAAAGGUUUGAGUGGCUAGGGGUGGAGGUGGAUGCGAAAAAGAACGAAGCCAAGGAGGGAGGGACGGUGAGGGAGAUUACCGCGGAGAAGAGCAAGCUGCAGGGCUGGGUAGUGGAGACGGAUGAGGAAGGGUGGAUGGUCAAAAUGGCCAAGGACGAGUUUGGCCUGUGA